AUAUUAUAGUGAAAUGAGCGAGGAGCGAGUAUUUGAAAUCAGAGCGUGUCGCUGUGCGUCUGGGGCUUAAAAAAGCGCAACCAGAAAGCUCUGUGCUCUCUGAAGCGCUCGGUUUCCGUUGCAGUUUAUAUUCUGUAUCACAGACUUGACCGUAAAUUUUCUCUCUCUCUAUUCACAUGUAGUUGGUUUUGCUCAACAGCGCUGCUGCCUCGGGUUUCGGUUUCUCAACCGCGUUGCUAUCUGAUUCUCCACCUUGUACGGCGGCGAAGCGCAUUACGACGACGGCGUCGGAACCAGACUCCGGGGAGCAACACUGCUCGGGGAAAGAUAGUCUGGCCAGAGACUGAUCUUGCUGAAGCACCUUUCUUGCAAACCUUUGUGCGGGUGACCAUUACAUCAUAAAGACAUGGAUGGAAAUACAUCUGGGGUAAAUGGAAAUAAUGUUGACUGGGAUACUGAAGAUGAGCUUGACGAGAUUGAAAAUUUCACUUUAUCGUCUUCAGCUAAUCUGUGCUCUGGGGAGGGGAGCUCAUCUCCAGGACCUUCCAAUACCAAAGUUUUUGGUCAUUUUGUCAGCAUGGGGUUUUCUCACAAAAUGGUUUCCAAAGCUGUAAAGGAACAUGGUGAGGAAGACGCAGAUUCAAUUCUGGAAAGCCUCCUCUUAUAUAAUGCUCUUGAAAAUUCAACUUCAGAGCAGGAUUCUCCUCCAGAGCAGGAUUCUCCACCAGAACAGUUUUUUCCUCCACAACAGCAACAAAUUGAUUCUGAUCCCUUUUCUUCAGAUUAUGAGGGGAGCUUUCUGGAUGGAUUUUCAGAUUUAGAUAGCUCCGAUAAUGAGGAAAGUUUCAUUCCAACAUCUGAGGAGGAUAAAAAACUUGUGUCCUUGGUCAAUAUGGGGUACACAGAAUUCGAGGCUUCAAUCGCAAUAGAAAGAUGCGGUGUAGACUCAUCCCUGGUUGAUUUGACUGAUUUCAUAUCAGCUGCUCAGUUUUCAAAGGCAGAAGAUGUCCAUUUUCCCCUUGAAGAGAAGCCUAGACGUCUUCACAUUGAUCACAAGAAGAAAAGGAAACUCUGUGAAUAUGCCAUGUCGAAAAGAAAAAAGAAGGUGGGACUUGGAAAUGGGAUCAUUGAAGAAGAUGAUGAAGCACUUCAUCUCCCAAAUCCAAUGAUUGGAUUUGGGACUCCAACACAUCUUUGUCAAGUCCACAGGAGUAUACCAGAGGCAGCCAGAGGACCUCCUUACUUCUACUAUGAAAAUGUGGCAUUGACUCCUAAAGGGGUUUGGAACACAAUUUCCAGAUUUCUGUAUGAUAUUCCACCUGAGUUUGUUGAUUCCAAGUAUUUCUGUGCAGCGGCUAGGAAAAGAGGUUAUAUUCAUAAUCUCCCAAUAGAGAAUAGGUUUCCUCUUAUUCCUCUCCCACCGCAGAAUAUAUUUGAUGCAUUUCCCAUGACAAGGAGAUGGUGGCCUUGUUGGGACGAGCGCAGACAGCUGAACUGCCUACAAACUUGCUAUGCUAGUGCACAGUUGACUGAGAGGAUCAGACUGGCUCUGAAAGACUAUGGUGAAGAUGAGGUUCCACCAGAAAGAGUUCGACGGUAUGUGCUACAUGAAUGCCGCAAGUGGAAUCUUUUGUGGGUAGGAAAGAACAAGGUUGCCCCGUUGGAGCCUGAUGAGGUGGAAAUGCUUUUGGGAUUCCCCAGGAACCAUACAAGGGGGAUAAGUAGGACUGAUAGAUAUAAGUCACUUGGGAACUCAUUUCAGAUUGAUACUGUAGCCUAUCAUCUCUCUGUGUUGAAAGAUCGGUUUCCCAAUGGCAUCAAUCUCCUCUCUCUUUUCUCUGGGAUUGGCGGUGCCGAGAUAGCCCUCCAUCGGCUUGGCAUACGGAUGAAGAAUGUUGUGUCCGUUGAGAUAUCAGGGGUGAGCAGAACCGUUGUAAGGACUUGGUGGGAGCAAACCAACCAAAAAGGAAACUUGUAUCACCUUGCUGAUGUGCAAGAGUUGAACGCCGACCGGUUGGAGCAUUAUAUCAACAUCUUUGGUGGUUUUGAUCUUGUUGUUGGAGGGAGCCCGUGCAACAAUCUUGCUGGUAGCAACAGACAUCAUAGGGAUGGGCUAGAAGGGAAAGAAUCUUCUCUGUUUUAUGAUUAUUUUCGUAUAUUAGACAUAGUUAAGGGUCUUAUGACAACGAACAGUUAACCAAUGUGUUAUUUGAGAUCCCGAAACUUGAUACUCUUAUGUUCCUAACUUUAGAUGAAUCAACAUGGAGUUCGAUCUGUUUAUGGCAUGCCUGAUUUUCAUUUGAAACC